AUGAUAUUUCACGCCUCAAGGUUCAGCGCCUCGGGACGUAAAGUGCCCCUCCCCGAGCCCCGCCGAAGCAAAGCAUGCCGCUCACACACAAACCCCACAGUGGAGUGGUCCAGCAACACAACGGUGUCCCUCCCACUCACAGUCCACACACACCCAAUGACAGUCUCACAUGCUCAUGUCAGAGAGGCACCACGGCAUUCCCCAAAAUGUACACUAAGUCCCAUACCUACAGAGAGGAACAGAAAAACCCUAGAAAACAACAACAAUAGGAUACCAACAACACACAAAGCACUCACAAUACAAUAA